AUUACACAACAACACAAAAAUGGUUGGCGAAGCAAUGCUAUUUCUUUUUGCGGUCAUCAUGGCCGCACUCCUCUUGUUUUCGAUGGUCUUCUUUGUUAUUAUGUUCUCUGAUUUGGAAUGUGAUUAUGUUAACCCCAUCGAUCUCUGCAACAAACUCAAUCAGUUUGUCUUGCCCGAGAUGGGUGCUCAUGCCUUUUUGUUCUUCAUGUUCUUGGUAAACGGUAGUUGGACUGCUAUGAUUCUUAACUUGCCCCUAGUUGCCUACAACAUCAGAAAAGUUACAAACAACAGACAUAUGUAUGAUGCCACCGAGAUCUUCCGUACACUCUCUACACAUAAAAAGGAAUGCUUCUUUAAACUUGCUUUUUACCUUAUUUGUUUCUUUUACUUCUUGUACCGCAUGAUUGUUGCUUUGAUUGCAGCAGAUGCCUAAUUAUAUCAAAUACAUAUGAAUCAAAAUAAAUAAAAAUAAAGAGAGAAAAAACAACUCAAAAUAAGAUAAAU